CUGCUGGUUGAAUAUAAUCUCUUCCAGCCCCCAGCACAUUGAGCAGCAUUCCACUUCAAUCGCCUCAUCGCAGAUAACACAGCUGUGGUUUUCUACGUCUCACCACAUCCGGCAAGUCUUGCAAGCCCAGCUUCUACCGAAUCGAAGCAAUGGCGGCCUCCACUGUGGCGAUGUCCCAGCACGCCUGCGUCGCUCUCAACGGUGGGCUCUGUGGGUCUAACGUUCUAUCCACCAGGACCGAAUCCGGAGUCAGCUUCGCGCGCACUCCUCUCGUCAAGACUGGUUUGGCAGUGGAGCGAUCCGCCAAGCGCCUGGUGCCGAUUUCAGCUCAUGUUGAUGGACUGGGUGCCACUCUGCCAUCCGGGUUCGAGAUGACGGACUACACUGUGGUCGAUGAGUCCUUCAGCGGCAGCCUCGGCGGUGGGAUCAUGGAGAAGAUUGCCAAUGGCUUCAAGAGCUUCAAGGAAAACAACUUCAGGUCAAACCCGGAGAUCUUUGAGCCACUGAAGAAGGGGCAAGCACCAGAGGUGAUGAUCAUUGCCUGCGCUGACUCGCGGGUGUGCCCGACUAUGCUUCACGGGCUCGAUGCCGGUGAGGCUUUCAUCGUACGAAGUGUGGCCAACCUUGUUCCUGCUUACGACCCAUCGAUGGAAAACGGACCCCACGGAACAAGCGCAGCCAUCUUGUACGCUGUCACCGUGCUUGGUGUGAAGAAGGUGAUUGUGAUGGGCCACAGCAGCUGUGGAGGAAUCAAGGCCUUGAUGACCAUGAACGAAUUUGACAAGGACUUCGUAGGAAGCUGGGUUAAGAUUGGUCUGCCAGCGAAGGAGAGCACUCUUGAAGCAGUGGGAGACAAGCCACUCGCUGAGCAGUGCACCUUCUGUGAGAAGGAAGCCGUGAACAACUCCCUGAAGAACUUGCUUACCUUCGACUUCGUCGAGGAAGGGGUGAGAUCCGGCGAAUUGGAGAUCUUCGGCAUGCACUACGAUUUCCAUGACGGAAAGCUCACCAGCUGGAAGGCUACCCCCUCCAAGGUUGCCGUCUCCGCCAGUGUAAGCUUGUAGGCCUGCUCUGCAAGAAAUCACUAUCUGUAGACAGUUUUCAACUUCAUGCGCACUUGUGGUCUCCUGAAAUGCUGACAUAGUAUGAAGGGUGCUACACUGAUAGUCCUAGAUGCCGAGUUCUCCAGCCUGUGGUCAAAGCUCUAUUCGCAGCUGAAGAGGUGUGGAAUGUAGAGCGUUGUACAAUUCACUCAAUGCAAAAAAAUAUUAGAAAAGAAAAACAAAAUCACGGUAGCAGUAUUAUUAAACCCAUGCGUGUUGCGUAACCUGAAUGUGAGUGAUAUUUGGGACGGAGAGAAAACCAAGUAUGUCUGGAUUUUAUAUGCGUGUCACAGACGCUGAGUAGUGCCUGACGUUUGACAUCAUACCUAGUAACUCCCAUCCCGAUGCGAUACCUCUGCAUAAAAAUAUGUUCUUCUCUCCCCUAUCAA